UUUUUUUGACACCAAUUACUACCCGAUUAUUAUUGUCCCGAUAAGGUCGCGGACACACACAUAUACAUACCGGCGGUAUUAAUACCUAUCUAUUAAAAAAAUCAACGGUUAGGACACCACCAGCGGCGGUCAUCAUCGUCAACAACACCGCAAAGUUUUUUUUACGGGUCAACCAAUCGGGUGACCUGAGAGUUGCGGUCACACACAGACAAUGGCACACAAUAUGAGGCUAAUGAUGACGAUGACGACGACCAGGAAUCAGAUCCAAACAGUGAUCGCCAGACAUCAGUCACCGCAACAACAGAUCCGAUACCAGAGCUCACAGACUACUACACCGCCGCCGCCGCCGCCACCACCGCCUCCGCAAAAGACAAAGUUCGGACCACUUGCCGAUUCUGACCGAAUAUUUACAAAUCUUUACGGAAGACACGACUGGAGACUGUCGGGUGCACUCAAAAGGGGCGAUUGGUAUAAGACUAAGGAGAUCCUACUGAAAGGUCACGAAUGGAUUAUCAACGAAAUGAAAGCCUCCGGUUUGCGGGGCAGAGGCGGUGCCGGCUUUCCUACUGGUCUUAAAUGGAGUUUUAUGCUCAAACCGCCCGAUGGACGGCCAAAAUAUCUGGUAGUUAACGCCGAUGAAGGCGAACCGGGCACCUGCAAGGACAGGGAGAUUAUGCGUCACGAUCCGCAUAAGCUGAUCGAGGGAUGUCUGGUGGCCGGUCGGGCUAUGGGAGCGAUGGCCGCUUACAUCUAUAUUAGGGGCGAAUUUUAUAACGAAGCGUCCAAUUUGCAGAUAGCCAUACGCGAGGCCUACGAAGCCGGACUUAUUGGCCGCAAUGCCUGCAAUUCGGGCUACGAUUUCGAUAUCUACGUUCACAGGGGUGCCGGCGCUUAUAUUUGCGGCGAAGAGACGGCACUGAUCGAGUCCAUUGAAGGCAAACAAGGAAAGCCGCGUCUGAAGCCACCGUUUCCGGCCGAUAUCGGUGUGUUCGGCUGUCCGACAACCGUCAACAAUGUCGAAUCGAUAGCCGUUGCGCCGACUAUUUGUCGUCGGGGCGGUGCCUGGUUUGUGUCGUUCGGUCGCACCCGUAACAGUGGUACCAAAUUGUUCAAUAUAUCGGGUCACGUGAACAAUCCGUGUACGGUUGAGGAGGAAAUGUCGAUACCGUUGAGAGAGCUAAUUGAUAGACAUUGCGGUGGCAUUGUUGGCGGUUGGGAUAACCUGUUGGGCAUUAUUCCCGGCGGUUCGUCGACGCCGAUUAUACCGAAAAAAGUUUGCGAAGAAGUACUAAUGGAUUUCGAUUCGCUGGUCGCCGCCCAGUCUGGACUGGGAACGGCAGCACUGAUUGUUAUGAAUAAACAGACCGAUGUGGUCAGGGCUAUAGCUAGACUUCUGACGUUUUAUAAGCACGAAAGUUGCGGACAAUGUACCCCAUGUCGGGAAGGGGUCGGUUGGCUCAAUAAAAUUAUGUGGCGUUUCGUUGAGGGCAAUGCCAAACCCCAAGAGAUUGAUAUGAUUUACGAGAUGAGCAAACAAAUAGAGGGACACACCAUAUGUGCGUUGGGCGACGCCGCCGCCUGGCCUGUCCAGGGACUUAUUAGACAUUUUAGACCCGAAGUUGAAGCCCGUAUUAAGGCUUAUCAAGAAAAAAAUCAACAACAAAAUGACCGACAAGUGGCCGCCCGUCGGGCCGUACAGUGAUUGCAGUGAAAAAUCCAAAUUCAAUGCUUAUUUUAGUUUAUUAAUUUAAUUUUUAGACUUUAUUAAUUAAUUAUUAUUAUUGAAUUAUUAUAUUUAAAUAAAAAUUUAUA